CUUAUCAAUGUAAAAUCCAAUCCAAAGAUCUUCAAUAGGAAAAAGAUAAAUGAAAAUAGAACAGAUGAAGUGAGAAAUGUGAGCAUUUCCGGUACAACGCGAGAAGAGUUUGGCAGAUCCAAUAGUUUUUAUAUCAAAUGGCCAAGUAAUAUAUUCGAUGAUUUGAAAAAUAAAUCGAAAAAUCCAGUAGGAUGGGAGGUUAUUUCCCGAUUUAAAAGGCUAGGGUUCAACGUCGUCUAUGCUGAUGUUACUGUGUUACCUUAUUUACAAAGGGCAAUUACAUUUUCAUUUGAAGAUUUUGACAUGGAAUAUGCCUGGAAUUGCCUCUGUUCUCACGGUUUCAAAGUCACCGAUCACUUAAACGAGGAGAAUGUGUCAUUUCUAAGAAGAUACAAGAUGAAGUUGACUCCAGAUAUGUUACAUCGUAUCACAGCAAAGACAAAUGAUCGUCCUUUUAUUCCCUUUGCCAGUCUCAUUUCUAAAAAGAUUGAAAAAACCGAAAUUAUCGUAUAAGAGGAAGAUGACAUGCCCCCUGGCUACUCCAUGAUUCGUCGAAUGGUCUUAACACCAACAAAACAUGUAUUUUAUCCAAAAGAACCAAUCGUUCAAAAUCGUAUCAUUCGACAAUAUGCAGAAGAAUAUUUUAUUAGAAUAGUUUUCCGCGAUGAGGAUUAUGAAAAAGUGAGUGCAAUUGCACCUAACUCCCUUGAUUCAAUUAUAGGCGCAAUGAAACAAUUUUUGUGCGCUGGAUUUCGAAUCCUUACGCGUCAUUAUGAGUUUUUAGGAUGUUCUAACAGCCAACUUCGAGAACAUGGCUUUUGGUUUUUUUGUCCAAACGAUGAUACAAACGCACAGAUGAUUCGUGAUAACUGUGGUGACAUUUCACGGGAGAAAUGUGUUGCGUCGUACGUUUCACGCUUUGGUCUUUGUUUUUCUGCAUCACGUAACACGGUCGAUGUUGGUAUGCAGGACGGAGAAUUAGUACAUCAAGAUGAUAUCGAGAGGAAUAACUACUGUUUUUCCGAUGGUAUUGGUAAAAUAUCCCCUUGUCUGGCUAAUAAGGUUACUAAAGCUCUUGGUUACAAAGUGAAGCCCUCUGCAUUUCAAAUUCGAUAUGGAGGGUGCAAAGGGGUUGUUUCACAAGAUCCAGAACUUGGUGAGGAGAAAGACGUCCUUGUAAUUCGUGAGAGCAUGAAUAAAUUCAAUUCGGAGUCGAAAAAUCUCGAGAUUCUUCAAGUAACAAAACCAGGGAGACUUCACUUAAACAGACAAGCAAUCACACUUUUAUCUGGACUUGGUGUCGCCGAUAAAGUAUUCUUAUCACUUCAAGAAAAGAUGUUGUUUAGUUUGGCAGACACGAUGGUCUAUGACAAGGGGGCUAUUAAAGUUCUAUCUGCGUUGUCAAUUCAUAUCCGGUUUAAACAACUUCAAAAAAGUGGAAUUGUGUUUGUUAAAGAGCCAUUCUUUAGAUCCAUGUUAAUAACAAUCUAUAAGUGCAAAAUUCGGGAUUUGAUGCGACGUGCACGGAUCCAAUUAUCAUGGGAAAAAGGGCGCAUUAUGAUGGGAACAUUAGAUGAUACAGGAACAUUAGAAUACGGCCAGGUCUUUGUACAGUAUUCACAAAAACCAGGGAAGGAACAGGAAGACACAAUUGUUCUUGAGGGACCGGUUGUAGCUACGAAAAACCCCUGUUUUCAUCCCGGGGAUUUGCGCAAAUAUGUCGCUGUAGAUGUUUCUGCCUUACAUCACAUGUUUGAUUGCAUUGUAUUUCCUCAAAAAGGGAAACGACCUCAUCCCAAUGAAAUGUCGGGAUCGGAUCUUGAUGGUGACAUGUAUUUUGUAAGCUGGGACGACCAGUUUUACAAUGUUAUUAAAAAUCAAGAACCUAUGGAUUUCCCAAAAGCAAAUAAAAAAGACUUGCAUUGUAGGGUCAAUGUCAAUGACAUAAUUGACUUUGUUGGAGAAUAUAUAAAAAAUGACAACUUAGGUAUUAUUGCCAACGCACAUGUUGUGCAUGCUGAUAUGAAAAGCAUUUUUACGGAUGCCUGCAAGCAGCUAGCGAAAAUGCAUUCUGAUGCAGUUGAUUUUCCUAAAACUGGACAACCAGCAAAAAUGUUUAGAGACCUAAAAUUAGAUAAAUAUCCAGAUUUUAUGCAGAAAACAGAUAAACCACAGUAUUUGUCGAAAAAGGUUCUUGGGAAAUUGUUCAGGCAGUGCAGAGCCCUUGAACAAGCACAAACUAGACAGAAAGACCACACCAAAAUAAUUAGAAGUAUUGUUCCAGAUAAAGAUCUGCUUUUGAUUGACUGGCAAAAGUAUGAAGACGAUGCCGUUGUUGCGAGAAAUACUUACAAUGAAAAGGUUCGACAACUUCUGCUUCUGUAUGGAAUAGAAAAUGAAACUGAAGAUAUUUCUAGAAUAAUUCGAAGACUAAAUCCUCAGCGAGGAUGCCUGAAAGAUGAAAAAUAUGAAAUAGAAAAAAUAAUAAAAAUGAAAAUGUCUGUUGUGUGUAAACAUACAAGAGAGCGCUUUUUUUACGAAUUUGGAGGUGAAUCAAACAUUGAUUUUCACCGUUGUGAGAGUGAAAUACUAAGGAAGGCUUCAGCAUGGUAUGCUGUGACUUAUCGUCGAGACUUCGAUAACCCUGAACCAUUGUUAAGCUUUCCUUGGGUUAUCUCUGAUGUGAUAGGUUUGCUGAAACAGGAUAAAAGUGAAAAGAGGGAACAAUUGCUGCCACAGGACCUAACAGACGAAGAUGAAACCGACUUUGACAAUUUAUUUGAAAUAGGAUCGUCAAUAGUACGUCGAUAUUUCUCUACUAAGUAUCAAAGGCAUGAAACUUUGCAAAGACUGAAACAUUUUGGGAAUACUGUUUUUCGUAUUCUUGAACCUGUCAAGGGAGCAUCUUUUUUUCCAAUUUGACUAUUUGUGACAGGGUUGAGAGAGGAUGAAAACACUUUAGAUAUUUAUAUUAGUACGCACAAAAGCAAGUAUGCAACUACUUAAAAAACAUUCAGAAGUUGUUUUUAAAAGUGGUUUCCAUGUUGAGAGGGGCUUUAAUCACAAAUAUAGAAUUUCUAUCAAUGACACCAAAUUUUAUGUCAGAUUUUUAAAGGACGUUAACAUUUUACGUCAUUCAGUUUUUUUCUCAAACUUUGUGCGAGAAAACAAAGCGAUUGCUCCGGUAAUUAUGUUCCUUUUAGACUGGGCAAGGCGAACAUCUAUUACUUUGGGAUCAAGACAAAUUUUUGAUGAAAUAACUUUUUCAAUGGUCAUUAUUGAAUGUAUACUGAGCAUGGAGGAUCUCAAGAAAGAUUUAAAGUGUUCAUUUCCCGAAACACUGCUAGCAAAUUCUUCUGGAUUAGACCUCGUGGAAAUGGUAGAAAUUGAUGAUAUUUCAAGAAGCAAUCAAAAGAUUUUGGCAAAAGUAGU